AAAAAAACACUUCAUAUGAAACAGAAAAAUCUUGAAAAUAUUUUACUUCCCCUGGGAAAGAAUAAUAAUAGUACAUGGCAACAUGGAAAAUAAAGAAGAUUAUUAAGGCCAUUAAAGUCAUUGCAUACUUUAAACCAUCCAAAGUUGAAAGUUCGAAACAGCGAAAGCGACAGUGACACAAACACGACAACCUUGUUCGGAUACCGGUCGAGUUUGAGUUUUGAGUUUGAUCGAUCGAAUAGAUCAAAGAUCAGAAGGGGAAAAAAAGAAAGUUUUGAAAAAAAAAAAAAAAGGGGCAAAGACGAAGGCGAAAGCAGCGUAAAUAUUAACAUAACAGUGAAGUUCAGAGGAAGAUCGAUACCAAUAUCGAUUGCGAAGGAUUCACCAAUCAAAGACCUUAAAUCUCAUCCCCAGACUCUUACCAAUGUUCUGCCUCGUGGCCAAAAGUUCAUCUUCAAAGUUUUCUAUCUUCUCUCUUUCGUUCUUUUUUUUCUUCUGUAAAUUUAUCUAUGCUUGAUAAAUUUAAGUAUAUUUUAUUUUGGGUGGUUUGAAAUUGAAGGGAAGCUUUUGGCGGACGCAAUGAACGUGGAGGAAUCGGAGGUCAUGAAUGGAGCUAAGCUCAUGCUGAUGACUUCUCAGGGUUUACACCAAGGGGGCGGUCCUAUUCUAAAAGAAGCUCAAACUCUGCCUAUUUCAAGGACAGAAAAUGACUAUAAAAAAUCCUUUGCAAGGACUGAAAUUAUUAUGGAUAAGAAUCGUUUGGAACGAUGGAAGGCUACUGGAGUGGUAGCAUUAGCCGAUUGCAAUUUGAAGGCCAUACCUGAUGAAGUCUGGGAUUGUGGAUCAUCUGCAAGAGUCCUGGAUGUCAAUAACAACAGCAUCCAAGUUGUACCCAACAAAAUCAGCUGUUUGAAUUCCGUUCAGCUUGACCACUUUGCCUUCUGCACUUGGCUUUCUGACUUCUCUGAGGCAACUCCAUGUCGCCAACAAUAAGUUGACUAGCUUCCAAAUGAAAUAGGCAUUCUGACUAAGCUUGAAGUUUUGAAGGCCAAUAAUAAUAGGAUUACCACUGUUCCUGCAUGUAUUGGAGAGUGUAAUUCUCUUGUUGAGGUUGAGCUUUCAGCAAAUCUUCUGUCAGAGCUUCCAGAGACAUUUGGGAAUUUGCACAAUUUAAAGGCGUUGCAUCUCAGUAAUAAUGGGCUGAAAUGCCUCCCUUGUACAUUAUUAAAGGAGUGUCUCCAACUCACAACACUGGAUCUCCAUAACCCAGAAAUCACGAUGGAUGUCCUUCGUCAGGUAUGUACAUGUCUUUCCUAUAAUACUUGAAGUGGGCCUCAUUUUUUGUUUAGGCAAUUCGGAUGCCUAAUUUGGCCCAUCCUCCCAAUAGUUUGAAGGGUGGGAAGAGUUUGAUGAACGCAGGCGCUCAUAGCAUCAGAAGCAGCUUGAUUUUCGAGUUGUAAGCUCUGCUGCAUUUGAUGAAGGUAAUAGGCAAAGGGGUAAGACAACUUUGAUGUGGCAGUCAAAGGCCAGAACACUCAACAUAUAGACGUUAACUUAUUGACUUGCUUUUCUUUUGUAAUGAAGAUAUUGCAAAUUCGUGUCUGUAAAAGAAACGAUUAUAUUGCUGCAUCGUACGUAGGUAAAGACUUGGGAGUUGAUAAUGCGAGAAUGGCAGAAGGCUUCCUUGUUCUAGAGAAAUAAGAAAGGGGAUAAAUUAGGGUAAGAUUGAAAAUAAAAUAAUGAAUUUUCCAUUUUCUUUCUCUACUAAAAGACAUGGUGGUAAAAAUGCAAAAAUCUUUUGAGUUCAAGGGCAAAGAAAAGUUAUGCUCCUACGUAGAAGCCAACCAAACGUAUUAUGAAAACUUGCAUCCAACUAUGAGUUGAUUGCCGAGUUAUUAUUUAUUUUGAUUUAAAAUUUUCACAAUUUUAUUUUAUCAAAAAUGCUUUACAGAUUUA